GGCAUAGAGGGAGAUCAUUUGAAUAAUAUAUUCGGAUCCAUUAACCGACACUGGCUGUUAGUAGACGGAGUGAGCGAAGUUAAACCGCAGGCACCCGGGUGCAUCACACACACACACACGCAUACACACACACACACACACAUAUCUAAACGCGCGGACAACAGGUAACCGGCUAAAGGAGUGAAACCCAAGAAGUUUGUUAGCUGUCAGUCUCUUUACUUUUUGGAGAUAAACAUCCCAAGCCUUCGAGUGUGUCUGAAAGACGACAAGUUAACCCAGCGAGAUAUUAUUAAGAUGAGCGGUGAACCAGUGGAGCAGUCGGAGACCCGACACGAGCACGCAGACAAUGAACGAAAUGGCUUGGAUUUCUCAAGGCCGAUCAAGACCGAGGACAUCUGUGAUUCUCCCCAAUCCAUUUCCAACCACAAGAUCUGCCAUGUGUCUCCUAGCCCUUCACUGCCUGGGGAAAUUCAGCCUCUUCACCAAUUGGUUCUGGUUCCUGGCCCUCACUUGCAAUCAGCCUCCCAGUUCCUGAUUUCACAACCUCAACCAGGUCAUCAAGCUUUGCUACAGUCCAAUCUCUUGCCACUUACCUCCCAGCCACAAGGAACGCUGCUCCCACACCAACCUGGAUUAGGCCUGACAGCACAGACUGUGGGCCGGUCAGGCCUGACGGGGACAUCGUUAGAUGGCCACUUGGAAAUGCCUCCUCACCUGACAGUCCCCAAGCACUUGGGCAUACCGACUCAGCCAGAGGAGCCGAGUGACUUAGAGGAGUUGGAGCAGUUUGCCAAAGCAUUUAAGCAACGGCGGAUCAAGCUGGGCUUCACACAGGGAGACGUUGGCUUGGCCAUGGGGAAACUGUACGGCAAUGACUUCAGCCAGACGACCAUCUCGCGGUUUGAGGCUUUGAAUCUGAGCUUCAAGAACAUGUGCAAGCUGAAACCACUGCUGGAGAAAUGGCUGAGUGAUGCAGAGAACUCUCCCUCAGAUGCCAUGAGCAGCAAUUCUGCUAUGCCACCAUUGAUUGAGGGCUUUGGGCGAAAGCGCAAAAAGAGAACGAGCAUUGAGACCAACAUCCGACUUACCCUGGAGAAGCGCUUCCAAGAUAACCCAAAGCCAAGCUCGGAGGAGAUCACAUUGAUUGCAGAGCAGCUAUCCAUGGAGAAAGAGGUGGUACGGGUUUGGUUCUGCAACAGACGGCAAAAGGAAAAGCGAAUCUGCUGCCCUAUUUCAUCCCCUGUGAAGCCCCCUAUCUACAAUUCCAGGCUGGUUCCCACACCGGGGUCUUUCAGCCCACUGCCCAUCCCACAAGUGCACAGCAGCACCCUAACUGCAGUGUCGUCCAGCUCGUCUCCGGGCAGUCCCAACAGAGAGUCUUCGCCUUCAGGUAUCUCGUCCAGCAGUUCACUGUCUUCACAGUCCCUUAACACUGCAGGGUCCUGGUAUCGGACGUGGAAUCACCCUUCAUAUCUUCACUAAAGCGCCUCAGCAGCAUUUUAUCUCCUCCUGACCAACAGCGCCCUCUACUGAAGUCGCUGGAUCCUCGCGUUGUUUAUAGGGAAAGAGACCGCUGAAGACGGACUGAGCUGCGCGCACUGAAGGGCGAUCGGCGCGGGUAUUGGGUUGGAACAUAACAGUGAAAAUGUGAUGUUUUUAAUUUAUUUAGUUGCAAGCGGCGCUAGAUGUGAGGGCUGGUUGCUAUCAAAAUGUCAUUCUGUUUGUGUAAACAUUUUUGUUUUCUUUAUCCAGCUGUCACAUACUGAGCCCCCAAGUAUGCGAGUACACACUGUGGCACACACUAAUUUUAUUAAAUAACAAUAAUAAGUGAGAUUCACUUACCGCACCAGAUGAGCGUACUCUAUGCAUUUUUGAAUUAACUGGAAUGUUUACAGCCGUUGCUAUGAAGGAAAAUUUUAGCCCGGUCAGAGGCAGCCGCGUAUCUCAAAGCCACUUCCUCUCCUUGAAGUGCACCCAUGGCUUGGACUUUCAACGUGAUUCAGAUGACUUCAACAUGUUAGAUGCUUUGUAUGUUCCAGGUGUAACGUGGAUCUCCUUUUCCAGUCAUUUCUAGGCAAACCACCUGUGAUGACCAUUAGCCAAAGUGCCUCAAGGACUUCACCAUUUAAUAAGUGCCUAACCAGUGGGUUACAAAUUCUCAGAUAUUCCACUUCAGUGUGUGCUACUGCUGCCCAACCCUUUGUAUAUAUGAGUAGUUUUAAGGGAAAACUGUCCCUCCAUAGUUUGCAGGAUAUCUUGGAGACCACUGGGUACUCUUAAUUUGUUUGUGUGUGUAUGUGAUGAAGAGAAUAUGACCUCAUAACACUUUGAAAUGAAGGUGGGGUGGAGGGUGGGUGGGUUCAGGGAUUGUGGCUUUUAUUUUUCUAUACUGUUCACUGUAUUUGAUAAGUUUUGCAUUCUGAAGCAAGAGGCCACAGUCCAAAGGGGUUCCUCUGACAUCAUAUGUGGGUUGGGGUAAUGGGCUAGGAGGAGUUCAGCUGUCCCUCUUAUUUAAAUGUAAAUGCUUAAUAAAUAUAAAGUGUUCAUAAGGA